AUGUUUAGAGAAAGAACUACAUCAUAUUUACGACAUUUACAUUUGGUUGUACAUUCAGCACAACAACAUCUACGUUUUCCAGUUUAUGUUAUUCAACAAGAAGAAUCGGUACCACCAUUGGAACAUGAGAAAAAUUUUGAUAAAACUGAAAACGAUGUGUUUCAUACUUCUAAACAAAAAAAAACCUUCAAACUUCAAUAUUAUAUUCCACUAAUAUUUUUACUAUUAUGCCUUAUAGUUGCUAUAGCUUUACUUUCAUCUCUUUUAAUUAAUCAUACAAAUAUUGAACAAUGUCCAAUUUAUAAUUGUUCAUCGAUAAUAAAUACAACAGUAUAUUCAAAUAUAAGCAGUACAACAUCGAUAUUAACAAGUACGAGUACGAUAACAUAUAAUAGAAAUUUAUUAUAUGGUGCAUAUUGUAAUGGUCAUGAAGAAUGUACAUUAUCGAAAAAUUUAUUUUGUCAGUAUGAAUACAAUUUAAAUGAGAAGUAUUGUUUUUGUGAAACAUCAUAUUUUUGGAAUAAAUAUACUCAACAAUGUGAACCCAAAAAGGAUUUAAAUGAAGUUUGUGAAUAUGAUAAUGAAUGUCGAAUUGAUCUUGGUAUUACAUGUGAUCUUCAAUCAGGUACAAAUAUUCGUCGUUGUCGUUGUAUGGGUGAAUAUUAUUGGUCAAAAUUAAGUAAUUGUGGUGAUUUAAAAAUUCAAGAUUUUGUUCAUUGUAUUGAUGAAAUCUAUAUAACAUCAUGUUUAAUAAAAGAAAUUGAUAAUGGAAUAUUUCAUAAUGUUAAUAUUCGACAAAUUCAAGAUAAUAAUAUUCAAUUUGAUUAUUUUCUACUUGAUUCACCUGAAAUACAAGAACUUGAACGUAUUGAAUGUUGUUGGUCAAGAAAUAAACGUUAUUGUUUUGGAGUUGAUAAUGAAGCAAAUAAAUUAUUAAUAUUUAUUAUUGAUAAAAAUGGUAUUGAAUCCUAUCAUCAUAUAAAUCAAUCAGUUAUUGGUUUACCUAAUGUAUUAACACAAUCGGAUGAUAAUGUUGUUUGUUAUGUUGAAAGUAAUAAUUCAAAUCUUAUUUCAAUAACAAUUGAUACAGAAAAUAAUGAUCUAUUAACUGUUCAUCAACGAAAUGAUACAAAUUUGAAAAGUGGACCAUCUUGUGGUUGGAUUGGAGCAAAUAUUCUUUUAAAAUUAUAUUGUUUUGCUGUAUUUAACGAUGAAAAAAUUCAUAGAAUUGAACAAAGAGAUAAUAAUUGGAGUGAUUGGAUAAUUAUGCCAUCCGAUAAAAUAUUUAUUCAACGUCCACUUUUUGUUACAUCAAAACCACCUGAUGAUAUUAGUACAACACAAAGUUGUCAUGUAUUAGCUAUUGAUACUAGUAAUGAAGUUUAUGUAAGUAGUAAUGUAAAUUGUGCUCAUCAAGAUUCGUUUUCAUCAUGGUCAAUACUUCAAACGGAUAUUGGUUUAUUAUCAUUUAAUGGAUCAUUUCGUUUACGUGAUGGACGUAUCGGUGUAUAUGGAAUUGGUAUUGAUGAUUUACCAUAUUAUACAACAAUGGAUCCUAUAACACAUACAUUUGAACCGAUUAAAUUAGCGAUAUCAACAGAAUAA